AUGAUUAUAAGGUGGCCAAGAGUGUUAAAUCCAACUCAUCUUUCUCAGAUUAUAAGAACUCAAAAGAACCCUUUAAAGGCUUUGGAAAUUUUCAACAUAGCCAAAUCAAAAUACCCUAAAUAUUCCCAUAAUGGUCCUGUUUAUGCCACCAUGAUCACUAUCCUUAGAUCAUCAAGUAGACUUAAAGAGAUGAGUGAUUUGAUUGAGAAAAUGAAACAAGAUUCAUGUGUGUGCAAAGAUUCUGUCUUUGUGUCCGCAAUUAAGACAUAUGCAAAACAAGGGCUAGUAGAUGAAGCAAUCUCUCUAUAUAAAAAGAUUCCUCAGUUUAACUGUGUGAAUUGA